UUUUUAGCCAGGCACCGCCAAGGACCGAGGAAGAAGACGUCUCCGCCAGCCACCACCGCGCUUGCAAGCUUAGCGAGGAGCAGCUCAGACUUAUUUACACACAGAGACAGUCACCAUGCAGUUCCUGCGCCAGCUCGUGCUUCUGGCCGUCCUGGCCGUGUCCACCACAGCCGUCGCCAAGGACACACCCAACACAGCCAUGGACGCCGAGCCCCGCACACACCUACGUGGCCUACUGAACAAGAUCGUCAGCAACGAGCCCACUCCCGCGCCUGUGCGUGUGCUGGCCGCCACUUGGGAGAACGGCAAGGUGGGCGAGGCCCGUAAACUACGCCCCAUCUCGGAGAAAAUCGUGGGCGGUGAGACAGUAGUGAUGUUCAAUGACCGUCGCUUGAGCCCCGCGGACGAGAUGGAGUCGGCCGUCGUGAACUUCGACGUGCGUUCGAACCCGAACUGCGUCGUGAGCGUGUGUGGCGAGAUGUCCAAGUGGUAUCUUGGCUCCAAGGAGCAGUGCUUCGACCUGCGCAUCGCCCCCAAGUCCGCCGACCAGCUGGAAAACGGUCUGAUCCGCGGCGUCUCGGCCGCCUACUCGGGGCUGCGGCCAGUGGCCACCAAUUUGUACCUAAAGUUCGACGAGACCAAUUUCAUCGACGGCUCCAAGUGCGAGUACGAAAUCCUUUCCGGCAGCAAGACAGUACGCGAGGAGGAGAUUGCUAGCGGCUCGCAGGCCGCCAUGGCAUAGGCCUCACAUACACACAGCCUUCUCUUAGUGUAAAGAGCUGUACAAUAGGAUAGACCCCACCCACUAUUAUUAACUCGAAAAGCUUGGCAGCAUUUUGCAAUUUCGUUUGUCGUCGCCCGUCAUCCACCACAAUUGGCUUGGUGGGUACAACAGCCGC